AUGUCCGGUCUGCUGGCUUCACGAAGCGCAGGAGGUGCGCCUCUAUGCACCUCCACCUCCCCCUACGCUCCCUCAGCUCUAGCAUGGCUUUCCAAAGAUCCCGACCAGCGCACACGAGAUCAACUCGAGUCUCUCCUCGCGCGUGAAGAUGCAGAUUCACACGCUGAGCUCCAAGUGGCUUUCAAAGAAAGGCUGGCCUUCGGAACGGCAGGUCUGAGAGGUAUCGUGGGACCUGGACCUGGUAGGAUGAACCUGCUCGUCGUUCAAGAGACCACUUUGGGUCUUGCGAAGUUCGUCAAGGAAGAGUAUGGAGAGGAUGCAGGGAGAAAUCAAGGAGUCGUCGUGGCUUAUGACGGACGAUUGGAUUCGGAAUCUUUUGCAGCUUCGGCCGCUUGCGUCUUGGCUGCUCAAGGUAUCACCGUUCACCUCUUCAAGCAGAAAGCUCCAACGCCGCUUUGUGGUUUCGCCGUUCGGAAGCUGGACGCGAGAGCAGGCAUCGUCAUUACCGCUUCACACAAUCCACCAGAGUAUAAUGGUUACAAGGUUUACAGAGCUGGUGGCACGCAGAUCAACACGCCCAUAGAUGAUCAGAUUGCCAGGCACAUCGACGAGGUGGCCAAAGAGACUAGGCCUCCCCUCUCCAUAGACUUGUUGCAGGCUGUACAGAAAGGCUUGAUUCGCUGGCUAGAGCCGAGCAUCUUUGAUGAGUACGCGCAGGCCAUCUUGGACCGCACGUCGGCACCUUUAUCACAGGCAUCUCUCCAACCAAAGGACUUUAAAGUAGCAUACACGCCCCUCCACGGCGUGGGUGCUCCUGUGGGCGAAGAGCUGUUGAAGAGGCGUGGGUACGCCUUCUUCACUGUGCCAGAGCAGCGCGAGCCGGAUGGACACUUUCCCACUGUCAAGUUCCCAAGUGAGUGGUCCAUGGCACAAGAACACGCGUCUGACUUCGCUGACGCGUCACCUCGCUCUGGCCGCAGACCCAGAGGAAUUGGGAGCGAUGGACAAAGUAAUUGCGCUCGCCAACGAGCAAGGAUGCGAGAUUGCCAUCGCCAACGACCCGGAUGCGGACAGAUUGAGCGUUUGCGCUCGCAACAAAUCUGGUUCGAUGCUUCAGCUUUCUGGCGACGAUAUCGGAUCUUUGCUGGGCGAUACAUUGCUUCGACGAGCGGAGAAGAGAGCUGCUGAACGAGGCUCGAACCUCAGCAAGUCUUGGGUGCUCAACACCAUAGUCAGUUCGAGAUUGUUGGCUCGUCUAGCUCUCAAGUAUGGCGCUUCGCACAGGGAAACUCCGACGGGUUUCAAAUGGCUCGGACCAGCCGCGUCGCGACUUGAUGAGGCAGGCGACGAAUUCCUGUUUGCUUACGAAGAGGCUUUGGGAUACAUGGUGCUGAACCUGGUGUGGGACAAGGAUGGUCUUUCUGCGCUGCUUUUGCUGGCCGAUUUGGCAUUCGAGCUUCGGCAGGAAGGCAAAACGCUAUUGGAUAGGUUGGAAGAGGUGCACAGAUCAGUGGGAUUGGCCGUCAAUACGCAGAGGACCAUUCGCUUGACGCCUGGAAUGAGCGGUGCAGAGGUGAUGAAGAGGAUCAGGAGCAACUUGCCAAGCAGAUUGGGCGAGCACGAGGUGCUGCUGAUCGAGGAUCUGAAAGAUGCGCCAAAGGCGCAGGAUUGCAGAGAGGGACAAAUGCCGAGGAGCGACGUUGUGAGGUUUUACUUUGAAACGCCCGACAUCAAGAGGGGUACGGCAAGCUUGGAGGAGAUCAGAUUGGGAGCGCCUAGAAUACAAGUGAGUUCAUCCCGAAUGAGUUCCACGUCGCUCUAACUCUACUCACGCCUCGUGAGCUAUGUUCCCGACGCAGGUCCGGCCGAGCGGUACGGAACCAAAGGUAAGCCGUGAAAGGGCAUUUGCGCUUCAAGAAGAGGAUCCGAUGUGCUGACCCGGCGUCAAUGACCACCUUCUUCUAGGUCAAGAUAUACUGCGAAUCUGCUUUGGGUCCUUUACAUCCCGGCGCAGUGUACGCUACGGAACGGGCUCGAAUUGCGAAUCAAUUAGAAGACAUUGUCAAUGUGACCUUUGACUUUCUGCGAGGAUAG